CGGACCUCUGCGACGGUCUAGAGCCGGGUGCGCCGCCAAGACGAGGACCGGCCUCUUUUGAAUCUCGCGGCGUUCUGAUCGGCCGGGAGACUAGUGAUUUUUGCUUUUUUCCCUCCUAACCCAAUUCGUGGAUUGGAACGUGGCUCCGUUCCGAGCGCGCAGGACGACUUUGCAGGACUUCAGCCCUGGCCGCCGCGCGCGCCCUCGGAACAUUCGGCCGGGUGGGGGCGCGGGGGUCCCCGGGUGCGCCUCCGAAGGCGGAUUUGGAGGGGGGAUCCCGGAGAGGCGACUUGGGAUUUGCUGUGAAGCAUGGAGGAGAAUGACUCCAAGCCCAGCGACGGGGCAGCGGCAGCAGCGGAGGCGCAGCGGCAGCCGGAAUCCAGCCCGGGCGGCGGGAGCAGCCCGGGCGACUCGGACACGGGCCGCCGGCGGGCUCUGAUGCUGCCCGCGGUCCUGCAGGCGCCAGGCAACCACCAGCACCCUCACCGCAUCACCAACUUCUUCAUCGACAACAUCCUGCGGCCCGAGUUCGGCCGCCGGAAGGACUCGGGGACGUGCUGCGCUGGCGCGGGUGGAGGCAGAGGCGGCGAAGGCGGCGCGAGCGGUGCGGAGCGAGCCGGCGGAGUCGAGCAGCUCCUGGGCUCGGGCGCCAGAGAGUCCCGGCAGAAUCCGCCGUGCGCGCCCGGCGCGGGAGGAUCGCUGCCCGCCGCAGGCGGCGAGUCCCCGGGCGACGGAGAAGGCGGCUCCAAGACGCUCUCGCUGCACGGCGGUGCUAAGAAAGGCGGCGACCCGGGGGUCCCCCUGGAUGGGGCGCUCAAGGCCCGCGGCUUGGGCGCUGGGGACCUGUCUGUGAGCUCGGACUCGGACAGCUCACAGGCCAGCGCCACCCUGGGAGCGCAGCCCAUGCUCUGGCCGGCUUGGGUCUACUGCACGCGCUACUCGGACCGGCCUUCUUCAGGUCCCAGGUCUCGCAAACCAAAGAAGAAGAACGCCAACAAGGAGGACAAGCGGCCGCGCACGGCCUUCACUGCGGAGCAGCUGCAGCGGCUCAAGGCCGAGUUCCAGACCAACAGGUACCUGACGGAGCAGCGGCGCCAGAGCCUGGCCCAGGAGCUCAGCCUCAACGAGUCGCAGAUCAAGAUCUGGUUUCAGAACAAGCGUGCCAAGAUCAAGAAGGCCACGGGCAACAAGAACAGCCUGGCCGUGCACCUGAUGGCGCAGGGCCUCUACAACCACUCCACCGCCGCCAAGGAGGGCAAGUCGGACAGCGAGUAGGGCGGGCGGGCCGCGGGCCGCGCCACACAAUGCAAUAAUUUACAACCGCGAAUCAAGGGCCAGUGUAUAAAGAUUAUACCAGCAUUAUUAGUGAAAAAUAUCGUGUAUUAGCUAUGGUUCUGCAAUAUUCUAUGUAUAUAUAAUUUACAGGUGGUGUAAAUCCAAAAUAUCUGAGUAUAAACUAUUUUUUUUGAGUUUUUUUGUGUUUAAGAGGUUAUGCUAAUUUUAUGUUUUUCUUUUUUCUUUUUCUUUUUGCAAAGGGGGCUGCUUAGGGUUUCAUCUUUUUUAAAUCUCCUAAGCUCCAUUAUGGGACAUCGGACACUUUUUUUUUUUUACUAUUAUUUCAAAAGAAAAAAAUUUAAACAACUUGCUGAAGUCCAAAGAUUUUUAUUGCUGCAUUCCACACGACUGUGAACCUAACAGAUAAAUAGCUCCUGUUUGGUCUAUGAGUUCUGCCGUUCGUUUGUGUUGGCUUGCUGAUCACAGGGGAGGCCCCUAACCUGGAACCCCGAGUCUGGCAGGGAGCUCUAGGCUCUGGGGACUGCCUGGAGCCCGAAGGGAUCCUGCUGGGGAGAGAGAAUUUGCAGGGUCUUCGGGCUGAGGCCUGGGGAUGGCUCCCCGAAGCGGACCCUCCCCUCCGGAUCCUUCGCCCCUGCCGUGUCUCCCUUCCGAGGCCUGCCCUCCAGCUACCCUGUCUGCGUCUGCGUCUCUGUCCUAGGCCCGCCUUGGCCCGGCGGCCCGCUGCCAGCGCCAACUCUACCCGGUCAUGGGCACCGCGGGCGGCGCUAGGGGUCUGGGGUGAGGGCCUGGGUGUGUGGCCCGAAGCCCCCCGCACUGGGGCGACCCCUCCUUCGGUGUCAGCCCCUAUCCAGAAACCCUCCAAGGUUGGCGCCAAUGAGCAAGCAGAGCGAGUUGGCAAAACCUUCCUUUCCUUUUUCUUCCCCACCCCCCUUUUUUCUUUUUCUUUUUCCUUUUUUUUCUUUUUGAGUGGUCGUUUUGCUACAGAGGAGUUCUUCCAAGACAACUCCACGUGUGUGUACAUAUUCGUGUAUGCAUGUGCACGCAUAUCCAGGCCUGUGUGAGGCCACAGUUCUGGAAUCUGUGGCGACUGACUUUUGAGGAACUCAGAACCCUCCUGGACCUAGAGGAAGGGAGUGUGUAAAUAAUCAUUUCUUAUCACUUUUUGUCUUUUGUUUUUUAAGAAAAUAUGCAUUUUAUUUUUUGAAGGUGUGGUACAGUGUAAAUUAAAUAUAUUCAAUAUAUUCCCCACCAAGUACUUAUAUAUAUAUAUAAACAAACACAUUAUCUCUAUAUAUAACUCCACACUGUCUUCUGUUUAGUGUAUGCGAAAAGGUGUCCAAAUGUCCACCUGGGGCCAGCACGGAGGCCCAGGAGCGUGCCCAUGGCCGGGCUGGGAGUCAGGCUGCCUCUCUGAGGACUGAAGGUGGACUUCUCUCUUUGCCUUAAACCUCUUUAUUUCACUGCGAUGCUAGUUUCACUUUGUACAUAGCAGUGCAGACCUUUUUGAAAAGGAAACUAUAAAGACAAAAAGUUGUAAUUUAAGAUUCUGUGAAUAACCUUCUGCUGCUUAGGAAACUGGAGGAAAUGACAUGCCUUUUUAGCAGGAAGCAAAUUUGUUUUUAUUUUUAGUUUAUAAAAUGUGCAUUUUACAGUUUCAUUAUCAAAUAUUUAUAAUCUUGAGAAAUGAAUGUUUCUAUACAACUGUGGCUAUCAAAAUUGUGACCAUCCCUGCAUUUUUGUGUGUUU